AUGGGUUUGAAACAGGCAGUGUGCAUGCUGCUUGCUGUGCUUGCGUUGCUGAUAUCCAUCACGACGGCAGAGAACACUGCUUCAAACAUCACUGCUGCGUCUACGUUUUACCUCGCCCGAACACAAACCCAAUUCUCCGUCAACAUUGCCAACGACUCUCAAGAUGUCUUCAUCUACUUUGCCAGCCCGGCAUAUUCGUGGGUUGGCGUUGGGUUUGGCCAUAAGAUGGCGGGUAGUCUAAUGUUUAUCAUGUACAACAACAAGGAUGGUAGCAAUGUCACCAUCUCCCCGCGUAUUGGCUCCGCCGCUUCAGAGCCCACCUUCAACUCCUCAAUCGACUUGACUGUCCUUCCCGGCACCUGGGUCAACGACUCGAUGCUCAUGCUCAACGCACGCUGCUCCAACUGCCGCAGCUUUAUCGACACAAAAUCCUCGACUCAACCCAUGAUUUACGCCUUCGGUGAUGGCCAGAACGUCAUGUCUAAUUCCCCCUCUGCGCCCCUCCAGCGACACGUCCGCUACGGCUUCUUCACCAUGAACAUGCUCACUGCCACGGGCCCUGGCGGCGUGCCCGCAAGCAGCAGUGCAAUGAAUGGCGUUGCAAUCGAGGGCAGCAUGGUACGUGACCACGACCGCGCGAACCUCGCACACGCUGUGUUCGGUUGUCUGGCGGUGCUCAUCUUCUGGCCGAUGAACGUGCUCGCAGUGACUCUGUUCAAAAACAUCAAGAUACACGUCGUCUUCAGCGUGCUCAUUAUGGUCCUUCUCAUCGUGAGCUUUGCGCUCGGCGGAGUAAUCAGCGGACAGUACAACCGCUCCAAAGCCUUUAAUUCUCCCCACCAAAUCACCGCCUUCCUCACAAUCCUCCCCCUCCUCCUAACCUCGAUCCUCCCGGCCCUCACCCACCUCACCACCAAAGUCCGCGCACUCCACACGCCCCUCACCUCCAUCAGCUUCGUGCUCCUCGUGCUCACCGGCGGCCUGGGCCUUCGACUCUCCAUGCAACCCACCUCUCUCGUCCUCGUCUACACAGGCAUCUCCAUUGGCGUCUUCAUCGUCCUCCUGAUCCUGCACACGUGCCUACGCAAGCGCGGCUCCGCAUACGCCCGCGCGCAGAACCGACGGCCCCGUUCAGACACGCCCGAUAGCCCGACCACCGAGGAAAUGCUCAUCAUGGCCAAGAUGCACGACUCGCAGAAUACUGCUGGCCUGAACCCGCCUCCGCCGUAUUAUCCACAGCAGGGAUACCACAGUACUGGUAGUGCCGAGUUUGGCGCAGACGGACAGCACGUCCACCCCGCGCAGCACAGUAGGAGUUCGAGUCGCACAAGGCAGUUUGGCGGUGGUGCCAUGCCUGGGCCUCAGUAUCUACUCAACAUGCAUCCUGGGGUGCCGGUGCAGGUGGGUCGUCUCUGA